GGGAGCGAAGACACCUGGAGGAGUGUAGGGCUUAGUUCUUCCUGGGUUCAGGCUCCUCUGGUGAUCGUGGCUUCUGCUCCCGCUCCGCUUUCUAUUGCUGCCGUUCAAGCUUUGGAGCACUGUCUGGCCAGGGAGCCAGAAGGCGGACUGGGGUCCGGUGCGGGAUGAGGGUGCGCCUGGGUGCCCUAGCCGGGGCUGCGGCGCUGUCGGGGGCGCUCAGCUUUGUCCUCCUGGCAGCUGCCAUCGGCACAGACUUUUGGUACAUCAUCGACACUGCCCGUUUGGAGCAGCGCGGCCCGGGGGGGCCGGGGGCGGGCGGGGCCCGGGAUCCCAGUAGUGGCAACGCCGGCGGCCUCAACCAGAGCCAACCGGAGCCGCUCAGCUCGCACUCUGGGCUCUGGAGGACCUGUCGGGUCCAAAGCAAGUGCACACCCCUGAUGAACCCCUUCUGGCAGGAGAACGUGACAAUUUCGGACUCAGACAGACAACUUCUCACUAUGCAUGGGACAUUUGUGAUUCUUUUGCCGCUCAGCCUGAUCCUGAUGGUCUUUGGAGGGAUGACGGGAUUUAUUAGCAUCCUCGCCAGAGCCCAUCUGCUCCUCCUCAUGACUGGGAUGCUUUUCCUUUUUGGAGCCUUGGUGACUCUUGCUGGGAUCAGUGUCUACAUUGCCUACUCAGCAGCAGCUUUCCAAGAAGCAGUCUGUCUCUUGGAAGAGAAGGAUCUCCUGGACCAGGUGGACAUCAGGUUCGGAUGGUCCUUGGCUCUCGGCUGGAUCUCCUUCAUCUCUGAACUCCUCACUGGGGCAGCAUUCCUACUAGCAGCAAGGGUGGUUGGCUUGAAACGGAGACAGGACCAAGCAAUAUGAAAGGGUUAAUGCAGGGGGUGUCUUGGCCCUGGCAAGAAUGGGAGUUGGUAGGGGGCAGCUAGGUGGCACAGUGGAUAAAGCACCGGCCCUGGAUUCAGGAGGACCUGAGUUUAAAUCUGGCCUCAGACACUUGACAAUUACUAGCUGUGUGACC